AUGGAACGAAAGAGGCUUCCAUUUCGUUUCAGAAUCCCUUGGAAAUCAGCAGCAUCCUCUCCGCAUGCUGCUGCUGAAUCUUCGUCUCGUCGUCCCAAAAAGAAACCCAAAUCGCCGUUUCGUCCUCCUGGGAUUGCUCCUAUCCAACCUCAAACCCAAACCACACAAUCUCCAUCUCGUUUCACAGCUGAUGAAACCACAGGGCCAUCAUCGUCUACCUCUCAGAAUCAACAUAUGAAGUCGCCAUUCAAAACCAUCCCACCGGAUACUUCCUCUCAACCCCAAAAGAGGUCUGCACACCAUCCAGGACAAUCAGCAACAACUCUAAAUACACCCAAUGACUCUGAGAAAUUGGAGACAGACACUGGGAAUUCGAAGACUCAAUGGGAAGAACAGAGCAAGUUCCAUCCAUCUGAAGAAAUGAUGAAGUUAAUGCAAAAUCGUAAAGUUGAAAAGGCCGAGGAUCCAGUGUCCGGACAACGACAGGUGCAGCAAUCGGAGGUACCGGAAAAAGUAGAAACACGGAUGAUGUUUGCCACCUCUAACCCUACUGGCAAAGACAUCAAAGUUUUGAGUUCAACAAAUCCUAAGGUCAGUACCGUAUCAUGCGUAUCUCCUCAAAAGCCUCUUAUAGCCAAUGCUGGCAAAGCUCCACAGCAAGAAGAUGUUUCAAACUGUGAUCAUAAACUAGCGACUGGGCUCCUAACUCAGCCCAAGGACGAGAAUCCAUUUAGUGUGACAACUCUGGCUGGCGAUAACAGAGGAGCUACAAUGAACGUGGGCUCCAAGUCAGGAAAGAAAGAGAUUUUAAUCCCCAUAUACAGGGCCUACAAGAAAAAUCCAGGACAGCGACUUGAGGAGACCGCCGAAGGGGAGGAAAGCUCCGAGGAAGAGUCCGGUAAUUCAGUGAAAAAUGAAAUCGGAAACGCAUAUGUGAACAGUAAUAUACAGAGCCUCAACAACUCAUUGAUGUGUCAGAGUUCGAUCAACGACAGAGACCCAGGGGUCCAUCUGACUCUUCCCCAAAAGCAUGUGGAAGUCGUCAAGCUUGAUGAUAAACAAGGUUCGGAAAUUAGAAAGCCCGAGGUUAAUGUCCGCCAGAACGAGGGGUUAAGAAUCCGAAGACGAUGCCUCAGAGGACUCUUCGCGGAACCAAGUGACUCCGACCCAGAUAACCCCAACAAACCUCAACGUCACGGUUGUAAAUACAAAUGCGGAAGUACUUAACUGAAAGGGACCAAGAUAUGCGGAUUCUGUGACCAAAUUUUCGUAACUUUGUCUUUAAAAAGAGAAAUACCCUGUCACCAUGUCUCUGACGUUCCUCUCUGAAAUUGGAAAACAAGCGGCAAUUAGCUCAUUCAAUUUA